UCUGCUCUCGCCUGCCCGUGCCCUGCCCCGCCGCUCACCCCAGCAGCCCGGCCCCGAAAGCCAGAGCUGUUUGUUUGCGGUUUCCUAGGAGAGAAAUCACAUUAAAAAAAAUUAAUUACACACCUGAAAACAAAAUCUGGCUGCUCAAGUGCACAUCAGGGAUAAAUGGUGUGCUCCAAAUUAGACAAUUUACAGCUUGGGUAAGUAAUGAAGAAACCCAUCCUGGCGUGAAGGCGCAGGGGGGAAAGUGACCUUGGGGGGUGCUCGGGGCUUCCCUCCUGCCCCCCCCCUGCCCCCUGGCCCCCCAGCCCCUGCAUCUCUUUGGCUCCAAUUUACAACUCCUUGUGGGCCCAGCCUGGGGGAGUCCGGCAGGGAUUUGGGGUGAGUUUUUGCUUUUUUAGAGCAAUGAGCUCCCUCGGGAGCAGGUCUCAGCCCAGGGCCCCUGCAGGGAUGGCAGGAAUGGGGAAUGGUCCCGGAGAACGGGACAGAUGGAGGGAAGGGACCCUGGCAUGGAUGGGCCCCCCGUGGUCCCCCGCCCCCCCUGGCCCAUGCUGGCCCCUGCAGUCCUUCGCCGCGCGGUGCGUGGGAGGGCUGGCAAGGCGCUGCCGAGGAGCAGGCAGCUCUCCAAGCUUUCCAGCGAGAAGAAAAUCAUUUCUUUGCCUUAUUUUUCCCCAUACGGCGUCCCAGCACGUUCUGCGAGCGCAGGGAUUUAAAGGGGCUGAGCACUGGUGCUGCCGGCCCUGGGUUAGGGGCAGAGGGCAGGGUUGGCGUGGCUGGAGCUGUGCCGUGGAGCUGAGCUGGGCUUUGUGCACGGGCUGGUGCCUGCACCUGCACCCCAGCUUGCCCGCAGAGGGACCAGCUGUGGGGCUGUCAUCCGGGCAGCACCCACCAGAGGCAAAGGGACACCCUAUAACCUCGUGCUGCCCUGUCCCAUAGGGGUCCCCGGUGCUGUGCAGGACCCCCAAAAACUCCCCAGGCUGCCAAAACGCGCCUGUGCCAGGGGGCACCGGGCUCCCCUCCCCGCUCAGCUCCCACCUCUGCUGGGAGCACGGGGGUGGCCCUGGGGGUCCCAGAUCAGCACGAGCAAAGCAAACACCCGACAUUAACCCACUCUGCCCACGGCAGGAGCCCUGCAGCCCCCCAAAAAGCUGCAGAGCCUCCCCUUCCCAACGCGGGAGGGAAACUCCCUCCACCUGCGGCAGCGCUCCUUCGGCGUGUGCCGCCGCGGCGCAGUGCAGCGCCGUUAUCUCCAGUGCCUGGGAGCGGGGAGCAGAUUAAUAUUCAUCACCAGGGAGCGGAGCAUAUGGAAUAUGAAUAAUGCUAAUUGUGCCUGUAUAGAUUUAGCGUAAGAAGCUCCCAUGCAUUAAGGAGGGAAGGAAUUAGUCCUUCUCCAAACGGUUGCAGACUCAUUAGCGGGGAGGGAACGCCUGACUGCAUGCGGGUUUCAGGAAGGGGAUGAGGGUGAAACUUCUGUCGUGUGUCUGAGAGUGGAAAAGGCUCAGACAUGGGGGCCUGGGGAUGCCCGGUGGGAUCACGCACCUCCUGCCUCUGCCUGAGCACUCAAAGCCCAAGUGAUGAAGCAAACUCGGUCCAUGCAGGUGCAGAAGAGCAAGGAGGAGCUGCCUGCAGAUGUUGCCACCUACAGAUGCAACCACCGGGACCCCCUGAGCCUGGUGUGGGCUCACAGGUCCCUGGGGCUGUCCUGGGGUCUUGGGCUGAGGUCCACAGCUGGCAGAUGUGUUGGGCACAACCUGGUGGCUGCCCCAGCCCCAAGCAGAGCUCGGCAUGGCCGCAGGGAGGUGGCACGCAGCCGUGCAGACACAGCUAACGAGGCGCCGGGCGCGAGGGGACUUCACGCCUUAUCCAUCCAUCCCGCUCGCCUGCCGGGGAUGGUGCUUCGUGCCCCGCUUUAAUCGAAUCAGUUCAUGCAGCCCUGCGGCUUUAAUAAGGUCAGGAGGAGAAGGCUCGUCUGGGCGGCUCAGCACAGGAGGCGGCAGGCUGGGGGCUGUGGGGAUAGGACCAGGAGAGCUUGUCCCCUCCUUGUGGGGUCACCUCGGCCAUGGGGGAUCCUGAGACCCCCCCGUACCUGGCAGCAGGGUGUCCUGCUGGACAGGGAGCAGGGGUGAGGGAUGAUCACUUCAUGCUUCUCCCCCGGCUGUCCUGGGCCGCCAGUUGCAACCUUCUCAGGCUUGACCACUGGCAUCCUCCUCCCUUCCCCUCAGCAUCACUGGGAACGUGGGAUUCCUCUUCCUGCACUUUGAUCUCUCCAAUUUUUAGCUCAUUCUCGCUGCCUUAUAGGCACUAAUCCCUCUGCAGGCAUCGGAGAGAAUCCACCUACACUUCAUGCAGCAAUCGCUUAAGUCUUAUUGUGUAAAUAAAAUCUCAAACACCAAAUCCCUAAUCCUGGGUGGCUGAGCCUCCGAUCCCCGUUCCCCGGGGUCCUGCCUGACAGAGGGUGGAAGAGGAGGAAGAUCACUGCUGGGCUCCCUUGCAUCCCCGACCUCGGCCCAGGAUCAAACACCCACGGAUGCUUUUAACCUUGGGCUUUUCCUUUCCCCCCCGUCGGUCCGUGGCGGCAAGCCCCGGCCCCCUCCCCGCUCCGCCGCAUUUGUUCAGCUUAGGGGAUCAAACCGGGUGACAUUUGGAGGCAGGAUAUUUCAAAUGCAAAUUUUCCCCUCGACAGAUAGUGGAAUUUGCUCCCUCUUAUGAAGGGAACCUCGGGGGAGAGCUCAGCGCCGCGGCCGGCCCGUGCUGAAUGCCAAACCCAGCUUGGGGGGGGGGGGGGGGUGAGAUAAAUCACUGCCUCCCCCCCCCCCCCCCCCCUCCCCCCGGUCCCAGCGCUCCUGGGCAAACACUUGUGAGAUAAUCGUCAUCGCCACCGCGAUGAGGAGGCGGCCGAAUUUCCCCCGGCCACAGCUGGAGAGCAGCGAGGCUGGAAGGGAGGCGUGCUCCUAGGGUUCAAGGUGUUUGGGUUUGGAAGUGUCAUUCUUGACACUUUGGGGAUGGACCCCAAAGCCCUUCUGGAGUCUUGAGACCCCAGAGCCAAAACUGCCGGGUGAGUGAACCCUACAUGCAUUUUAUUGAAGAAAACCAAACCUUGGGAUUUCUAAAACAAAGUUUCUAAUUCUUCUGUCUGCUUGGGGCUGUUUGCCACCUUUCCAUCUCCUCUGUGCUAAAUCACAUGGCAGCCUGAAAAAUGCCAACACACUUUUUUUUUUUUUUCUUAUUCUACUGAUGUUUCUCUUUUAUCAAAAAGAAAUAAAAACGCUCCUUUGCCUCUGGCCCGCGGCAGCCACUGCUUCUCAGCGGUGCUCUGGGGAUGGGGAUGUCGCAGAGCCCUGCAGCAGCUCCAGCCCCCCGUGUGCCUCCCCCUCCCCACGACUCCUCUCUGUGGGGUUUGGCCCCUGCCCAGGACGAUGGAAAGCACAUGGUGGGAGCAGGGUGAGGGUGGGCUCCUGUGUCCCCGCGGGGACAAGGGGGUGGGGAUGUCCCCGUGCACUUGGCUAGCAGGGCAAUAGUUCUUAUCUGAGAAAGCAGGUGUUGUUUAGCAGCUUCCUAAGCCUUUUCUCCCAGAAUUGCUGCUUGUAGAGAUAAUUUAAUUCCCUUUUUUUUCACCUGUGUAGGGGAGAACAAAACCAUAUGCCACCUGGAGAAGUCUUCUGAUGCUGCCCCCUUAGGGCACCAGGGCUGGGAUGAGCUGGCACCAAUAAAGCCACCGCAGUGGAUGGGGUCAGACGGGGGAUGGAUGUGGGGACCUGGAGCCUCACCCUGUCCGUGCUGGCACAGCCCCAGCCCAUCCCCAUGGCAUCGGGCUGGUCCAUGCACCGAGGGUACACGGUGAGGGGCUGGGGCGGCAGCAGUGCAGCCAGGCACUGCCACAGAUGUUCUGCGUUUUGGAUUUCUCCCCCUUCCAGCCUUGUUAGUACUGAAAUUAAAAAGUGUUUGCGAAUUGGUGGCUGUUCUCCAGGACCCUAAUUAGCAAAUCUCUUCAUCCCCCCAGGGCUGCAAUCUAAUAAAAAACAAAAACAAAACCAAAAACCACCACCAAAACCCAACAACCCCAAACAACCCCCAAAUCUUGUUUGAUGGAUCGGGAGUGCUACCGAAACAGUCGGGAGCAGCUCUUCCUGCUUAGUAUGAGAUGGGAAUGGAACUUGCUGCUGGCUGAGCUCGCUGCUGAUGCUGACCCAGGGGCGCAUGUUGGAGCUGAGAGGGGAACACGCAGAGCCAGGAUGGGGACCCAGAACUCUGCUCCUGCAGGGACUCGCAGCGUGACCACAGAUGUUGCCAGCCAAGCUUCGAUUAAGAAUGAGUGCAUGAAAAUUUGGUCCCUCCUUCGCAGUGGCAAAUUUUCCUGCCCCACCAACAAGCAGCCCAUCAAUGGCCCAGAUGGCAAGAGGGACCUCAACAAGUGCUUGAUGUGCCAGAGGCUGCUGGAAAGAGACUCAAAAAACAAAGGGAGUGGUGGAGAAGUGAACAGGGACGUGAGCUCCGGAGAGGAUGAGUGCCGGGAGUUUCGGGAUCUGUUCAAUAAAGGGAAACUUUCUUGUACAAGAGAGAAUGACCCUGUCCGGGAUUCCUCAGGGAAGCAGCACAGCAAUAAGUGCAUCAUGUGUGCAGAGAAGUUCAAAAGGGAGAAUGAGCAGAAAGCAACUACACCCAGAGGAAGAAAAGAUAAGGAUGACUGCAGUGAGUAUCGCUCCCAGUUCGAGGCUGGAGGACGGCUGUCCUGCACGCGGGAGAAUGACCCUGUUCGGGAUUCCUCUGGCAAGCAGCACACCAACAAGUGUCUCAUGUGUGCAGAGAAGUUCAAAAAAGAAGCCCAAAGAGGAGGCCAGUCUGGUGGAACUGCCCAGCGCAACAAACCGCUCACUGCAGAGUGUGCAAACCAGAAGAGCUGCAGUGGCUCAGGGUCUCAGCAGGGUGUGAACAACAGACGGCCCUUCUCCACGAACAGAGGCCCGCAAGGAAACUCGGCCCAGAGCGGUGGGGACUGCAGCCCGGCGCCUGGCCGCCAAGGACAGCGCGGAGGCCCCGACACCUACCAGCCGCUGGACUGUGAUCGAAUUCUGCACGGGGUAAAGGGUGGAAGGAUUUUCUGCAACAAAUCCUCACAACCCGUCUGUGGCACUGAUGGGAAAACAUACAAAAAUGAAUGUGACUUGUGUUCAGCUGCCAUGAGAGAGUCAGUCUACAUCACAGUAAACUAUCGAGGUGAAUGCCGAAACUCUGGCCCUGAAAUGAAGUAAUGGAGUUCAGACUGCCAGCAAACCCCAGGGAUCAGCUGUGACCAAAGGGCAAGUAAAGGAAGAGUCGAUGUCAAGCAUCAGGGAAGCUGCAGAGUUCCAGGCGUUGUUGGAGUCACCUUUGUCCCCUUCUGCAGCAAACGGGCCUGUCCUUGCUCAGGUGGAGGGCAAAGAGUUGUGGGCACCCAGUGGUGGCUUCCCAAGUUGGCCCCAUGCGUGCUGUUGCAGUUGCUGCUCGGCUCGGGCUCUGCCAACUCGCUGUGUCUUAGCGUGCUUCUACAAUAAAGAUAACUCCACAGCGUCCUGUCACUUUUCUUCACUGAGCCUCGUGGGAGGGAUGUGCAAGUCCCUGCUCCGGCUUGUCACCACGUGUCCCCUGGGCAGUAAGCGAGCACGGAGGCCCCUGGGGUGCAUCUGCUGCCGUAAAUGCCAAGCGAAGAUGUCAGACCUAGAGAGGAAGAGUGUGUGGUCUGGGUUUCAUGAGGAGGGACCAGGGGCUGGGUUCCCUGAGAUGUGGGGCCUUUGGUAAAUUCCUUCACCUCCUUUUGGCCCUUUUCUCUCACCUGUAAAACGGACAUUAAAAGAUGCUUACCUACCUCA